AUGUACAUUGCAUUUAGAUUAGAUGAAGGAGUUAAUCUUUAUGUUGUCGAAUAGGAGUUUGUUAAUCCUUUUUGCAAUCUAGAGAAAACAACUACUAUUGAGUCCAUUGAAAGCACAUUGGAGAGCUUAAAACAAUAUAAUAUAUGUGCUAUUAUAAAUUGCAUUGACAAUGAUCAAUCUAUGAAAGCAUACGGAAUCUACUAUUUAAACAUACACAUCAAUUUUUAAGAUUCAUUGGAAGCUUCAAGAUUAUUCUUGCAUGUAAAAAUGUUUUCUAAAAAGAGUUUUGGACAAAAAUUAAAAAAUCUUCAGUUGCUAUUUACUGUGAAAGCAGCAUGCAAAAGACAUCUUUAUAAUUGGGAUGAAGAACGUGUUUAAAAAGAAAUAUAAGAGUAAAAUAAAUUGAAUUAGACCAUUUCUAAAGAUGAUGUUUUAUUGCCAACAGAAAUAAUUUAAUCCCAAAAAUCAUCUAUAUGCAAUGAGUUAGUAUCAGAUGUUAACACAAAGAGUUAAAUUGAUUGGAACAAAAUAUAUGGUUCUUAAGCAUAAAUAGACCAAUAAACCUAAUAAGCAAAAAAGGUUUAAUCCAGAUUCGUUCAAAGCUCAAUACUCAAAAACUAAUGA